GCUUUCUCCUUCGCCGGCGAUCCCGGAAGUGGCGAAGUGGAGCUUUUGCUGCUGGUCUCGAGUGGGGCUUCGCGAUGGGCUGCGACGGGGGCACCAUCCCCAAGAGACACGAGCUGGUGAAGGGGCCGAAGAAGGUCGAGAAGGUUGAUAAAGAUGCUGAGUUAGUGGCCCAGUGGAACUAUUGCACUCUGAGUCAAGAGAUCCUAAGACGACCAAUAGUUGCCUGUGAACUUGGCAGACUUUAUAACAAAGACGCGGUUAUUGAGUUUCUGUUGGACAAAUCUGCUGAAAAGGCUCUUGGGAAGGCAGCAUCUCACAUAAAGAGCAUUAAGAAUGUGACCGAGCUAAAGCUCUCUGAUAACCCGGCCUGGGAAGGAGAUAAAGGAAACACGAAAGGCGACAAGCAUGACGACCUCCAGAGAGCCCGGUUCAUCUGCCCCGUGGUGGGCCUGGAGAUGAACGGCCGACACAGGUUCUGCUUCCUUCGGGGCUGCGGUUGUGUGUUUUCUGAACGUGCCUUGAAAGAGAUAAAGACGGAAGUCUGUCACACGUGCGGGACCGCGUUCCAGGACGACGACGUCAUCGUGCUCAACGGCACCAAGGAGGAUGUGGAGGAGCUCCAGACGAGGAUGGAGGAGCGGCGGCUGCGGGCCAGGCUGGAGAAGAAAACCAAGAAGCCCAAGGGCGUGGAAUGUGCUUCGAAGGCGGGAGCCACCGAAGAAUGCCCAGGGCCAUCCAAAGUGAAGCCUGGCAGGGCCGAGGAAAGCGGCUCCGACCCCAAAGAGAAGCCAGCCUCAGCCCCCAAAAGUGCAGCCACUAAUGGAGGUGCUCCUGGAAAAGCUGGGAAGGCAGCGCCGGGAGCCGUGAAAAGAUCCAUUGCCGACAGCGAGGAGUCGGAAGCCUACAAGUCACUCUUCACCACACACAGCUCCGCCAAACGCUCCAAGGAGGAGUCUGCGCACUGGGUCACCCACACGUCCUACUGCUUCUGAGCAGCCCCGCCCCCCGGCCCACCUGCCCUGCGCGCUCGCGUGAUAAAUUGUCCUGCCACCCACCAGCCCCUGUGGUCCCUUUGAGCUCGGCCUCACUGCUUCCACCGCCACGUGCUGUCUCCUUUCCACACCACAACAUCGCGGCCGCUGCGUGGCUGCUUCGGUAGUGAAAGGCCCAGGUUUCUUGCGUGCGUGGACAGCCCUGCCAUGGAGGCCAUAGCGCCCACAGUCCCCAGGAGAAACUGAGGCUGGGACCCAGGCUGUGGCCUCACCGCUGGCACCCCCCCCACCCACCGCCAGGGCCCACCUGGCACUCGGUGUCAUCUGGAGAGAACCAAGAUCAGUUGGGCACCUGGUGGUAUGGUACCGAAUAAAGCAGGUCUGCUGUUCUC